GUUGCACGCGGGCAGAGCUCGGGGUAUAUACCAUGACCAAAGCCGCUGCAAAACAUUGAUGUAGACUAUAUCGGAGCACACUAUUACUGCCUAUUUAUAGUAGCACUUAUGUAAUCGCCGGUGUCCCGUCAUCGCCGUCGUCGCCGUCGUCGUCGUCGUCGUCGUCGUCGUCGUUGUUGUCAUUAUGCAUCGGUCUUACAACGGUACACAGCACGGCCAAGACUGUAAUAAGAAUCUGGAAGACUGCAAAGAUAAAAUAUGGAAAAAAUGCAAUUUUACCAUUUCAACGGACCACUCACCACACCCUUCAUGGGAUAAUGUGUGCGUUGAACAACUUGUAUGGACAUUCAACAUACAUGCAUAUGGAUUUGCAUGUCUUUUUUUCAUUUUAUCGUUUUAUGCCGUUUUUUCAAUCUUAAACAUCAGAUCACAAACUUCUAACAAAAAACCAUACAUGGCAGCAAUCAAUGCAUUAUUACUGGCUACAGGUAUUUGUAGGGCGUUUGUGUUAUUCGUCGACCCAUAUAAUACAAGACGAAACAUUUCAUCCGUUGUCACACAUUUGACAUGGGAUCUUGGUUUAUGCAGCUUAGUGACAGCCCUGUCCUUAUUACAAUUGGCCUACUUACAGCUAACUCAAUUGCAAGCGGGACCUUCAAAUAUGAGACGUAAAUCAGUCGUAGUGACAGCUACUGUAUUAAUUGUUGGUGUUCUUGUUCCAGCAGAUAUAGUCGCAUCUGUCGAUUACAAACUAUGGGUCUUAGGUAAUGCCGUGCGUAUUCUUUUGCAUAUUUGGGGAAUUUGGCUUUGCUGUUUCUUCCUUUACUUAGGCGUUAAAGUAAUGACACUCGUUAAGCGCAUGCCGAAGUCGGUCUUACAAAACUUUGAUUCACGACACAAGGGUAUAAUGCAAUUAGGAAUAUUAGCUCCGUAUAAUAACUUGGCUACUUCGAUGGCAGCUGCAUUGGUACCAGCACUAUUAGUUCCACAUCAAUCAAAAUCAGACUCCAAAGAUAAACCAACUGUCAAGAUAACAGCGCCAUCAGAAGUUGCUAAUAGCUUUAAUAGAAUGAAUCGACGAGCUAGUAGUUUUGUACAAAGACAGAAAAGAUCUGGAUCAUUGUUAAGCCCGACUACACCUUCGAGAAGAUCGAGUGAAGUUCAAAGUAUCAUUCAAAAACGACUGAGUUGUGUGGAAGGAAGUAAGCAAUUUCUGGUAUUAAGUCCUAGUAACAAUGCUAGCGACAGUGCAGAACCAGAAGAAAGUUCAUGGCGUAAGAGUUUCGCCAAAUCAAUAUCAUGGCAAUUCCCAAAAACUGGAGAAUCAGGCAUUACAAAUGAUACUUCACCAACAACAUCGUCAUCGUUACUCACGCCAUUACAACCACAAAGAAGUUUUAGACUUAAGUCUACCGGCCAAGCAGAUCAGGAAACCAGGCCUACAACCAGACAUUCGAGCAGUUUUUCAGAUUUAAGUUCUGAAAUGACCUUAAGUACGAUAUUAAAUCAUAUAGCAUUUGUAAAUCGAGGAAAUGGAACAGGAGAUGCUAAAAUGGAUAACGUUCGAAGACGUACUUCUAAAGUCGCUGUAACUAAAUCAGAAAUCGUCUUAGUGAUAAAAACUGUACAUGUCUGUGCAGGGCUAGCGAUGUUAUUAUGUUUUUUUAACUUUGCUACGGAUAUUAAUUUGAUUGGAGUUUACUCAUAUGAUAAACCGUGGUGCUGGCUUAUAUUGCAAAGUGUGGUUCGAAUUUUGGAAUUGUCAUUAGCCUGCAUGUUAGCAAACCUGACGAAACAACCAGUGAACGUUAUACACCACACUCAAUACACGCAUCCAUUGAGAGCAAAACUUCGAGGGUCAUUUUUCAUUUAGGCCCUGAAAAUCAAAAAUUAAAAGGGUUAAUUUUAUGACUUAAAAAAUAAUACAAUCACUGAGUUAAUCUUAAGUCUGACGGGAGUACUACGCAAAUGAGAUCGGGACCAUUAUUUCAAACGUGCAAUAACAGAUUUUACAAUAACAGAGUUUAUAUUAAUAGGUACAUAAUAUAAAUUUUAUAUAACAUUUAUGACUCAAUUACAUGAGAUUAUAUUAUUUUCUAUUAUUAUUCACUUGAAUGAUUUUAACAUUAUUUGCGUAGUAUUCCUUAAGAAAUAUGCAAUCGUUCUUAUUUUUAAAUGUUUUCCUUAUAUCUCACCUUACACAUAUUAUAUAGGUAUCUACCACCUAUACACACAAAUAUCUUUAUAAAUAUUAAAUAUAUAAUAAAUAUAUAUAUAUAUAUAAUAUUAUAUAUAUUAUAUAUUUUACUAGCAGUUUAGGUAUAUUUUUAGAAAUUCGAGUAUCAUCACUCAACAGGUUAACUACUUUAUUUUACACUAUUAUUAAGUAUAAGCGAAUGCAUUCGGGAAAAAAAUCUGAGUUACCAAAAAUAUUUUAUGUUACCUAUUAUAAAUGUAUGUUACCUAUACCUAUGUAAUAUGAAUGUUAUAAAGCGCGUGCGUGUGUGGUAGGUAGGCGAUUAGGAUCCAUUGAGCAUACUAUUUUGUUGUAUACGGUGGCACAUUUAAGAUUGAAUUAAUUGAAUUAUAGUCCGUAAAAACAUAAGAAAGGCCGUUAAAUCUUAAAUUAUUUUCUGGAUGAAUGGAGAAAGAGUUCAUUAAGGUACAUACAAUUGAAAGUAGCAUUAACUGUUUAUCACAAACAUUUUAGAAUUGUCAAUACAUAACUAUAAUUAUAUGACAUAAAAAAUACGAAAUAUAAAUAAUUGUUAAAAAAAAAAAGGCAAAGAGAACACACCUGAACGCCAUCUCGUCCCCGAUAAUAAAUAAGUAAUAACCCACUCUUCAAAACCACCACUGCGUUAAAGUAAAUUUGCUUAAUGAAUUAUUUUUAUUAUUCUUUAUACAAAAUAAACUAUAAAAAUAGAUUGGGUAUUAGUAAAGUACGUAUAUUUAUUAAUAUAAAUUAUAAUAAUUCUUUUAAAAAUAAUUUAUUGUUUUUAUUUUUAUUUUUGCCUAAAAAGGUAAACAAUAUUAUAAUAUACUUAUUACUUAUAUAUAGGUAUUAGGUUCAUUAUCCUACGCGUAGUAGAAUAAUAAAUUAUAAUAUCAAAUAUUUUAAAAAUGUCAAUUAUAAUUUUUAGAUAGGUAGUUGUUACCUAUUAUAUAAUAUAGAUUAUGAGUAUAGAUGCUUCUGUGCAUUUUAAGAUCAUGAUAAAUAAUUAGGUAUUAACAUUUUAAAGACAGAUAAAUAGGUAUAUCAGUAAAUUUAGUAAGGCUGUACUUAAUUGUAACUAAAAAUUAGGUGUUAUAUCUAUAUACGUUACCUUUGCACAUCAUGCGAUAAUGAUAUUUAAAUGAUAUUCAAAAAAACAUAAAAAUAUAGGCAAUCUAUAACACCUAUAAAUAACCUAGGUAUAAUAAUCUUUAUAUUUUAUAUAGACAAAAAAAAAUGAACGAAAAAUCGCCUAAAUAUAAAUUUAAAUAAAGGAAUAAAGUAUUUCUGAUAACAAAGUGGCAUACACAAACAUUUAUGAUUUAAACUUUAAAGGAUACCCGAUACUUUAAAAAAUAAUAUAUGUUUUAUAAAAACAUUUUCACUUUUUUAUAUGGUGAAAAAUAAGCCAAGGUGGGUUUGAACAAACCCCCACCAUACGUGUAUAUGCCACUUAAAUAUCAUUUAUAGUAUACCUAAGUAUCUAUAUAAAAUAUACAAAAGGUUAUUCACCAAUCAUGACCACCCCUAUUUUUUCCCCAUUAAUAAUGAAUUUAUUCAAAUUCUGAUUUUUAGAAUUUAGAAGUAUACCAACUUAAAAACCAUAUUUUAAAAUACUCUUCAUAUCAUUUAAGUAAUAUUCUGUAAUGAAAAAACUUAUUAAGAUAAUAAUUUAUAUAAAUCUAAAUCAAAAUAGAAAGAGUUCUAAUUUAUUACAUGUAUAUAUUAAUGAAAAUAGUCCUUACUAAAUAAGAAUAACAUUCUUACAAAAAUAAUAUAUAUUAGAGUUGGUACUUAAUAAUUAAUCUAGAACUUAAUUAGGUACUAUGUAAUUUAUAAAAAUAAAUGUCAGUAGAUUAAUAUGAAAUACUAUAAUUUUAAAAUCAUUAUAACCCUGAUAAUCCUUAAUUGGAUAACACAAGGUUAAAGUUAUAAUUUUAAUUGUUAUAGAUACCUGAUACCUACAUAAACAUUUUUUGAAACUAUAUAUUUAACAAUUUACAGAAAAAAGGUGAUUCUCAUUUAAAAAAUCAAAUAUUUUAAAACAUAGUUUUUAAGUACAGCCAUUUAGUCAUAUAGAUACUUAAAAAUUCCAAAAAUCAGAAUUUAAUUAAUAAAUUAUCAAAAGAACAAAUUGGGUAAGCAUGCUCGGUACUUAGAUUACAUAUACAAAUAUAUGUGAUGUAUAAAUAAAUUAUACAUGCAAAGUUAUACCUAUUAAGCUUAAGUGUAGGUCAAUGUUUUCAUUUUAAGAGGACAUGAUGACUGCAUGUAUAAUUGUAUCUUCAUCUUACAAUUAUAUAACUCAGAAACUUUGCAUUCAACAGAAUACAUUUAUGAGUCAGUGGCGGAUUCAAAGGGGCCAAAGGACCCCCCCCCCCCCCCAUUGGCAUAAGUUAAAUACACAUUUAAAUUUAUUGUCUAUUUGUAUGUAUUUGUUAAUUACUAAAAAAAUUAAUACUUGCGUUUUGGACUAUGCCCCCCCCCCUAAAAAAAUUAAAUCCUGGAUCCACCACUGUUAUAAGUUGCGUUGUAAGUUUUACUAUUGACCUAGCCACCUAGGUAAUGUAAAUAUUGACAUAUUAUCAAAUCAAAUAGUAAGAACAUUAUCUGUGUUCUCAAGUUAGUUAUUUUUAAUAUUUCAAUAUUUUUAUUUUAAAUCAAGUUAUAAGUACUUGACACCUGAGUAAAAUUAUAUUUAAUUUAAAAAUACUCAUAACUUGCUAUAAAAUUUAUAUAACGAAAAAACUAUUUAAAGGACAGAGAUAAUAUUCUUUACUUUUCUUAAUAUUUUACAUUUAAUAAUAUUAAAACUAACAACAUAAAAUGAGUUUUUCUGAAUGCAAAUUUACUAAGUUGUAAAUUUUUAAAAUACAGCAUCAUUCCCUCUAAAUAACUGAACUGCAAUAAUUAUAUCAAUAUUUUUAACUAUUAAAUAUUAUUUUUCGUAAGUGUUGUAUUUGUGGUAUUUAUUAGGUUUAUAAUUAAUUAUAGAGUUUAGUAUAUUUUGUCAUUUAUUAAUUAUACAGUAUAUAUUAUAAAUAAUAUAUAAAUCAAUAAAAAGUUAGUCUUUAUUUUAAAUCAUUUAGUUUAUACGAGAUACAAAUUAUUGUUACUCUUGGUUAGAGGAAAUCACUAAUUUACGUAUUAUAAAACAAUUUAUUUAUUGUUUAUUAAUUAGUAUUAACUAUUAAGUAUCAAAUUAUUCAGCGAAAAUUAAUAAUAACAAUAGUCUAAACCAAUAUUGAGGUUGUAUACUACCUAUUACCUACUAAUUUAAAAGGUUUCAAUUAUAUUAUUAUAGAUACCAUUUGGUUUAUUAAACAAAAUCAUACUCCUAUAAUUUAAAUUUAAACCCUUCACUUACCUAUUUUAACACUAAAAUUAAUAAUCUUGUAUACUUACUAAACAAUAAUCAAAACUAUAAUUUGUAAUUAAUCACUAUUAUUUUUUUUAUUUUACUAUUUAAAUAUUUUUACUCUAUGA